AUGCAGUCCGUUUUAGAGGCUACACUCAGAUUAGUUUCUACUUCGUUGAACCGAUUCACACCGAACCUACCAGCUACUCUUCUUUCCGCGUUGACUAGCCCCUACCGCAGUCUCUCGUCAGUCGCCAAAAUCGAUGGGCAGGAACUUGAGGAACCCGAUGUUCUGUUCAAGAAAGUUAACAUAGAGGUAAAGAGCCAUGAACCAGAGGUGCUACGCAGCUAUGAGCUAUUUGUGCGAAAGGUUUGCGGCCAUCUGGACCUGACCUGCAAUGUCGAGACCAGAAAUUCGCCCAUAUUUGAUCGUCUGUCGCUUAACAAGUCCCCCUUUAUCUACAAGAAACAUCAGCGUCAAUACGAGUUUCGCACUUAUGUGAAGCAUUUCAUAAUACCGCAUGUAACGGGAUGUACUGCCAGCGUUUUCCUUGAAUACAUACAACGAAACCUCCCAGCUGGUGUUCACAUGGCUGUGACUCACGUAAGCCCUGAACUUCUUCGUUUUCUCUCGCCGGGAAUUAUUUAA